AGACAAUCAGCAAGAUGAAGCACCUGCUGUUUUGGGGCUUUGCUUUUACCACAUUCCACGUCAGCUAUUCAAAGAUUCCAGAUUUCUGUCAUUUGCCCCAGAAUGAGGGCGAUGGUGAAGGGUUCACCUUCUCCUUUUAUUACAAUGCCACCAAAGACCGGUGCAAUCCUUUCAUAUACAAAGGCAGAGGAGGAAAUGCCAACCGCUUUGCAAAUGAGAAACAAUGCAUUAGAAAUUGCUCUGCCAACGCAGAGAAAAUCUACCCCAUGGAUGAAUCCCAAGCUUGUCACUUUAAAAAGGCCAUAGGUGAAUGUAAUGGUAAUGCAGUGAAAUUCUUCUAUGAUCCUAUUCAUCAAAAAUGCAUAACAUUCCUUUGGUCUGGAUGCAUCGGAAAUGGAAACAGAUUUGACAGCUAUCGUAUCUGCAACACCACCUGUUUUGGCAUCCGUGACGAUGGUGAUGCAGAGGAGGAAACUGAACAUGACACACCUGUUGCAAUCAUCUGUGGAGUUCUGCUUGCUGUCAUUAUUACCGCUAUCCUCAUAACUGUGAUUGUCUUUAUCGUUAAGUCAAAGAAAAAGGGCUCCAAGAAGAAGGCGCCAGGGAAAAGCAAAGAGGCCCAGAGUGAAUUACCUCUUCAGGAGCAGGGGACUGAAAUUUCAUAGAAAAUCAUGCCACCUCACCUGGAGUAUUUACUAGCUUGGUUUUGUUUUAUAACUCUACUGGUCUUGAUAUAGCAAACAUAUUGGCUGAUUAUUACAUAUAAGUUCAACUUAGACAGUUUUUGUUUCACCUCUGAUGUUUCUUACAUUAUAUUUUUUCUAUGAGCUUUAUCUUUUCAUGCAGUAAGAAUAAAUCUAACUAGAUUUUUCCAAACACUAGAAAGAAAUUGUGAUCCCUAAUGAAUUUCUGAUAUUUUAUACACAAAACACUUAAUCAAAAAAUAGCCAGCCUACUAAUUAUCACUGAAAUUAUGUCUCAAAGAAACAUACCUGCCAGAAACUUCUUAUAAAAGCGACUCAGUGUUUUCGAUUCAAGCUCAGUAUUUAAUGCCAUAAUCAUUUUAGUGUUGCCAAAAUAUAACUGCAAUCAUUGCCUGGCUCAGUGAGUUGCUGGAAACUGUCAGAGGUCAUCUGAAUGCACAUGCUAAUUCAAACCUAACACAUCUAUUUAGAGUUGUUUUUACAGUUGUGUCAACUGCUCAUUGUGCUAUUAGGUUUUCCUGCUAUGUAUGUGUGAAUUUGCUAAAUUGAGGCCAUUCAAAUUAUUCAUAAUAUUACAGAACAAUCACUAGAAUGCUUAUUUUGAUGGGAAAUGUGAUGGUGGCAUUCCAUUUUUGCUUGCUUGUUUGUUUUUUAAUUUCUUGGUUUUUUAAUUUACUGUAAGUGAUGUAAAUUUUCAUGAUUUUGAUGAUCAACUAUGGCUUAAUUCUAAGAAUAUUCUCAAACAGUGCUGCAAUAAACAUCACAAGGCCUUCUUUUAAAGUUGCUUUUGUGCUGUUUUUCAGAGUUGUUUGUUUGGUUAAAUAGGUUAUAUUGCUGGUGUUUAAUCUGUGCUAGCUUUCCCAUUAUUAUUGACAAAGUGUACAAUUUAGUUUGUAGAUUGUUUAACUCAGGCAAUGCUUUCACUAAAUGCAGUCCUCCUAUUAAAUCUAUUGGUGUAUUAAGUCAUGAGCGAAGAUGGUUAAAAAGACAGUGAAAAAAGGCACAGGCUAAUUAAAUAAAAAGAACAUAGUA